UCUAUAAAUAGCCAAUCUCUAAAGUUUCAAAGAACACCAACACAAUCUCUUAUCAAAUAACUAACAAUUCACAAGAAGAAACAAUGGUACACUCUCGUUUUUUAAACGUUGUUUUAGUCCUAGUGACCAUUGCUUCCAUAUUCUCCACAUUUGCCGAGGCCAAUAGGGGCUUUGGGUGGGGUUGGGGUGGACACUCCAACAAUUCAAGUGGUUCAGGUUCAAACUCGAGGUCCGGAUGGGGUUGGGGUUGGGGUCAAGGCUCCAACUAUUCAAGUGGUUCAGCUUCAACCCCAGGGUCAGGAUGGGGUUUCGGCUCUAGUCGAAACGGCUCAGGCUGGGGUUGGGGUUGGGGCGGGGUUCCCAACAAUACACACAGCUCAGGGUCUGGCGGCUCGGGUUGGGGCAUGGGGCCUAACAACAAUUACAGCUCGGGAUCUGGCGGCUCGGGUUCGGGCUGGGGAUAUGGAGGUCAUUCAAAAAACUAUAAUGCCACCUACAAUGGACCUAGAAAGAUCAUAGUCGGUGGAGACAAAGAGUGGACUUAUGGAUUCAAUUACGCUGACUGGGCUUCUAAGACUGCUCCAUUCUUUCUCAAUGACAUACUUGUUUUCAAAUACAACCCACCAGCCCCGUUCACGCACAGCGUUUACUUGCUUCCGAACCCAUCGAGUUAUGAAAAGUGUGACGUGAAGAAAGGCAAAAUGAUUGCGUCUCCGAAGCAAGGUGCUGGAAAAGGCUUUGAGUUUGUUCUAAAACAGAUGAAGCCUUACUACAUUUCGUGUGGCGAGCAUGACGGUGCUCAUUGCAGCAAUGGUACCAUGAAGUUCACCGUCAUGCCCAUGCUACCCCGUUGGUAAUUUGGUGGUAUUAAAUCCAAUGCUAAAGUAUCAAACAUUAGGUUUUUGUUUUGUUUUUGUGUCGUCAAUAAAUGAGAUUACCAUUAUUUACGUGCGUUAUACCAUAUUCACAUUUUGUUGGAAUUGUUUGUGCUUCUGCUUUAUGUCUUUAUGAGAUCACCAUUGUUUGAAUAUUACCAUAUGUUUAUGGUAAGAUGGCAAGGUUUGGUAUUUUUGUGACGAAAAAUGACAAAUUUUAAUAUUUGUUUG